UCCUCCUCCUCCUCUUCCUCCUCCUCCUCCGAGAGCGCGCUCGCACGGCCGGGAGCGAGGAGCCGGCGGGAGGAUGCUGCAGACGGCGGCGGAGCCGGGCGGCUGGGCAGGCAUGAAGCGACCCCUGAGCCCAUCCCACAGCCCCGAGAGCGCAGUGCAGCUGGUGGAGGAGGCCAGCUGCCCCCCCAGCCAGCCCGAGCAGCGCCUGAAGCGGGAGAAGAAGCAGCAGUCGUUCACACUUUGCGAGGUCUGCAAUAUCCAGCUGAACUCCGCUGCCCAGGCGCAGAUCCACUACAACGGCAAGUCCCACCAGAAGCGCCUCAAGCAGCUAAACAAGGGGAAGAUGCCAGCAGCCCAAGGUCCCUCCGGACACAGCAGUCCCCUCUUAGCGUCGCUGCCCAUCCCUGGCCGUCCUCUUCAUCCUCCCUUGGACAUCAAGCACUUUCUGACCUUCAGGCUCAACGGGACAUCACCGCUCAACCUCUUCCCCAACUUCAACACGAUGGACCCGGUGCAGAAGGCAGUGAUCAGCCACACCUUCGGCGUGCCAGCCCCGCUCAAGAAGAAGCAGUUCAUCUCCUGCAACAUCUGCCACCUGCGCUUCAACUCUGCUAACCAGGCUGAAGCCCACUACAAGGGCCACAAGCACGCGCGGAGGCUGAAGGCCAUCGAGGCCAUGAAGAACAAGCAGAAGGUGGUGGGGGCUGCAGCGGGGACCCCUGGCCAGGACAGCACGGCCGACCUGGCCCCCAGCCCUGUGGGCAGUGGGGAGCUGGGCAGCACAGCUGAUGCCAGUAGCCCACAGGAGUCGGAGGGUGAGGGCAGCAGCCUGGGGCUGGUGCCCAGCACUGAGGAGUCACCUGUGGAGCUGCCGGGCACUGUUGCCCCGCUGGGCUCCCCGCCGGCCUCCGAGCUGUCAGAGGGCACCUCAGAUGCCACCAGCGUGGCCUCCUCAUCCGCCCAGGCAGCUGAGGCACAGGCAGCUGAGUCAGGCAGCAGUGUCAGCUCGGCCCCUGAGAGUGAGAAAGAGGGGAAAAAGAGCAAACAGCACCUGUACUGUCCCACCUGCAAAGUGACCGUCAACUCCCUGUCCCAGCUGGAGGCUCACAACACCGGAGCCAAGCACAAGUCAAUGCUGGAAGGUCACGGCACCCAACUGCGGCGGGGCCGGGGCAAGCUGCUCUCCCGGGCAGGGCACAAGUCCAAGCGGAUCGGGAACAAGGGCAGCAUCAACAUCCAGAACAAGGCAUUUCACUGCCAAGUGUGCGAGAUCUACGUCAACUCUGAGACCCAGCUCAAGCAGCACAUGAGCAGCCGGAGGCACAAAGACAGGCUGGCAGGGAAGCCGCCCAAGCCCAAGUACAGCCCCUACAACAAGCUGCAGAAGAAUGCUGCCCUCGCAGUGAGUAUUCUCAAGUCCAAGCUGGCUUUGCAGAAGCACCUCACCAAAACCCUGGCCACCCGUUUCCUGCCGAGCCCGCUCACCGCCGCUGCUGUCUGCGCCAUGCCUGGACCCCUUGCCUUGCGGCCGGCAGCUGCCACCACCCUGUUCCAAGCCCCGAUCCUCGGACCAGCCCUUUUCCGAACGCCGCCGGCCCACGUCCGCCCCACGCCGGGUCCCAUCGUCUUCGCCCCCUACUAGAGCUGCCGGCCCAGCGAGGGUCUGUGCACUGCAGCCGGGCUGGGCUGCGGGGGCUGCGCGCUGGGGGCAGCGCUCCCGGCACCUGCUCUCCUGGCUGGUGGGAAAAUGUAGUGGUAGACAUCAACCCCGGCUUCUCCUUUGCUUGGAGAGGGCUCCCACUGGAGAGAGGUGCCCCGACAGAGCCUGGCCAGCCCCGCCGCGCAUCCCCAGCGCUCCCCCAGCCUGUGCUGGCCCCCUGCUCAGCAGAUGAGCCCAGGCAGUGCACACAAGAGGACAGUGUCCAAAUCAGCAGGACCAUCUCAUGGCCAGAGCCUGCCUGUCCUCGGCCUGCUGGCUGGUUCUUCAUCGCCCUCCCAGUUACCAGACUGGAAGGAGAGGAGCUGGCUGGUCCCUGGGAGAAGGAGCAUCCCUGUGGUCCCUGCCAGUGCAGUGGGAAGGGAACUGCGAGGGGAAUCUCAGCCCAGCUCUUACUGGGAGAAACAACCCCAGCACAAGUGGGAAGCUGGCAGUUUCUCUCUCAGCCUGGGCUGGCUGUGCCCUUGCCAGCCCUGCACCUACCUGUGCUGGCAGGGGGUUUCUGUGCCACCCACCAGCCCCCCGUCCCCACAAUUCCCUAUAUCCCACCAGCCAAAGAGCCCCCGUGGUGGCAGGCACCGGCCACACUGACCGUAUCCUCACUCCGAGAGCAAUAGCUGACCCCAGGGCUGGUGCCUCCUCCCUCCAAAGCACACGGGCCCUGCCCUGGCCCCAGAAGCACACACGAUGGGCACAUGGCUAAGCUGGGCCCCACUCAUGCCCAGUGAGGCUGGGAGUGCCAGGCUUGUCCGGUGCUGGCUCCCCAAGGAGGUGACCCUGUGCUUGGCACCUGUCCUUGUCUCUGUCCCACUGUAGGGACAGCCCUGCCCCUACCUCCCGGGAGAUGCUGUGAGGCUGAGUGAAUGUCCCUAAAGCACUUUCAGUUCUCCAGUGAAAGGCAGCGCUGCUGCUCGCCUGCUGUGCACAGCCCUCCGAUCCCAUCCCAGUCAGGAGCUUCCAGGAGGUUACUGAUGAUUCCCGAAAUCAAAGGUGUCCUCAGCAGCCUGGACAAUCAGCUGGCAGGUGCACCCGUAGCCUGCAGAGUGCCAGGCUCUGGAGGGACCCCGAGGCCAUAGCUCUGCAUUUCACUGUGCUCAGACAGCCCAACCAUGACCUGCCUGGGACUGUCACCGCAGCGCUCUGGGUGCCCAGCACGCUGCUGUACAUAGAGAGAGUUGCAUCCCAAAUGGACCUUUCUCUGGAGGAACACCCCACCCUGAUCUAUGCAAUCCAGGGGGCAGCUCACCCACCCGCCGCAUUGGCCGCCUGCGAUUCCCUUUGGUGCUGAUGCAUCCCUGCAGCCGGAGCCGUGGUGGCAGCAGAAGAACCAACGUGACACUGAGCUCUGCCCUGUCCCUGGCCCAGGGUGCUGGUUCAGACCUCUGCUGUGACUCCCAUUCCCUCCCAGCCCUUGGGAAGAGGCAGGUUGGUGUGUGCACCUGGGAGUCCACACGCACAAGCACACAUAUCUGACGUCUUGGCCAUAAGCAGCGCCUGGAUUUCAGGAUUUUGCCCAGCGUGCUCCCACCGAUGCUCAGGAUGGGGCCUGGCACGGGAAGGUGAACAGGAAGCGGCCAAUGGGUGACUCAGAUGGCUGAAACAUAUCUGCUUCCCAUGGCUGGAGCCUGAAACAUAUCUGCUUCCCCUGGCUGGAGCCUUGGCAAGGGCAGGAAAGCUGCAGGAAGGAGCACACACCUGCAGGGUCUGUGGGCAGCACCAAGCGUGGAGCCACCACUGUGCUCCUGUCACAGAGACAGGAGAGUGAGGGAGCCCCUGGGUGGGAGUUCACCUGCUCAGGGCAUCCCUUCGCCAGGGAAGGAGAGUGGGGAGAGGGCACCAGGAGAAGAGUGAGCAGGUGUGUGUGGAGACAGUGGAAGGUCUUGCAGCAGUGGUGGGACAUGUGGCGUGGAGCGCAGCUGAGGGAAGCAAGGCUCCCAGCAGAAACGGCUUUACCAGGGAUAGGGAGAUGGUCCCACAGCCCAGGGGACACGCAGGGACCCCACAUCCCAGGGGACAGGAGCCUGUGCUGGUGGGGUCCCAGGGGACAGGAGGGACACUGUCCCUGUCCCCCAGUGCCAAGCAGCCCAUGGCUGGUGCGUCCCCAGCCACCCCUGCCCGUCUCACUGUGCCCUUCCCAGGCCCUUGGGGUCACCCCCAGUCCAGCCACCGCAGCAGGACAGUGGGUCCCCUCCUGUGCCAUGAGCCCCUGGUGCCGUGCCCAGCCCCUCAGAAGCUUGGGGAGCCAGGAGCAGCUGGGCUCCAGCCUGCAGAGCCACGUGGCACCAGCGGGCCCGUUCCCCUCCGUUGUUCCAAAAAGCCUGUGCUGGAGCCAUGGCUGCUCCUUGUCCCUCACCAGUGGAGUCCUGACGCACUCCUGUUCUCGGCACUUUAACCCUGUGAAAGCCAUUCCUUCUAGACAAUAAUACUGCAACGAGCUGCGUAAGAAACCCCCGUUAUGGCAUCCCCCAAAUCCCCUCCUGCUCUCCAAAGCAUUUACUGCCUUUGACUUAGCACAUGCUGUACUAGGAGUAGGGAUAGUCCAUAGCGCUCGGUAACGUGUGCCCCUCUGUAAAUAACCUUGGAGUGAUGUGAAAUUUGAUUCAAAACACCAGAAAAAAGAAACAAACCAAACCCAAAAUGGAAUAUCCAGACUCUAGGGACUUGGCCAGUACCCUCCUGUAAUGUUCAUUGUAUAUUUUUUUGAUGUACUAUAACUGUUGGGGAAAAAAAAAAAAAAAAGGAAAAUAUUUUGAUAACCGAAUCUCAUCGCUUUAUUGUGUUACUCGGUAAAUAAAAGGAACAAGUAUAAACACAC